UAAAACCCAUGGGGUUCAAAUUGUGGAUAAAAACAAUUCAUAACGAUCAGAAAUAUGAAGUAAUUUGAAUUAUAUUUUAAAUGCGGAAUUUGGAAAUGUAACAGAAUUAUCAGUAUCAUAAAAUUGUCGGCCUAUUCUAUACUCGUUCCGUCGUCCAGUAUUUCCACAGAUGGUAUUGUAUGUCAUGGAAAUCCGAAACAAAUGUUAAAAGCAGUGGCAGUACAGGUUGCAGAUUUGGAAAGUUGUACGUUCCUUAUUACACAUGUGUAAACACGAGGUGGUUGCUGAUAAUAUUUUUAAUUUGACUGCUGACAUUUCACACAGAUUUUAUUUUCUGUUGGAAAAUGAAGAUGAUGGGACAGAAGAAUUGUCCUUGUUUGGUCGUUCCCGUGCUGCAUUGUUCGAAUUGAAAUUUUCAACAUCAAAAUCUUAAUGGCAUCGUCUACCAAACGUUCAUGGAGGCUGCAAGACUUUGUGGCUCAUGGUUCCAAUGUGAAUUGUUUGGCACUUGGCCACAAAUCAGGUCGUGUAUUGGUAACUGGAGGUGAUGACAAGAAAGUUAACUUGUGGGCUGUUGGAAAGCAUAACUGCAUCAUGAGUCUGAGUGGUCACACAACACCAGUAGAGUGUGUGCAGUUUGGACAUACUGAGGAACUAGUAUGUGCUGGGUCACAGACUGGAGCACUGAAAAUUUGGGAUCUGGAAGCGGCAAAGAUAGUUCGGACAUUGACCGGGCACAAAGGUACGAUACGGUGCAUGGAUUUCCAUCCAUAUGGUGAUUUUCUUACUUCUGGAUCAUUGGACACAUCAAUAAAGUUGUGGGAUAUCCGGCGUAAAGGCUGUAUUUUUACGUACAAGGGUCACAAGCUAACUGUUAACAGCCUGAAAUUUAGCCCCGAUGGUCAGUGGAUUGCUUCAGCCGGAGAAGAGGGUUUGGUAAAGCUGUGGGAUAUUAGGGCUGGUCGACUUCUCAAAGAAUUUACGGACCAUGGUGGUCCUGUCACGACGGUUGAAUUUCACCCCAACGAAUUCUUGCUGGCUUCUGGUAGCUCUGAUCGUACCGUUAACUUCUGGGAUCUGGAAAAUUUCCAGCUCGUAUCUACAACUGACAGAGAUUGUGGUGCCAUAAGGUGCAUCUACUUCAGCCAAGGUGGGGAAUGUCUUUAUGCAGGGUCACAAGAUGUAUUGAAAGUGUAUGGCUGGGAACCUGCUUGGACAUACGACACCAUCCCCGUGGGGUGGGGGAAGAUCCAGGAUAUAGCUACGGCUCAGAACCAACUUAUCAGUGCCUCAUUCCACAUGGCCAAUGUCGUCCUAUGUGUCGUGGACCUCAAGAGGGUACAGCCAUUUGGCGGAGGACCGGAUGAUGUCGGCCCGUCGCCUUUCGUCCACGGGCAGAGUGUCCGUAAAAGUUUCAGCCGGGAUAAGCCGCUCAAUGUUGCGAAGGCUACGCUAGAUGUAAAAACCAUCGAGGAAUCCGACAGGUCAGGAACUGAUCCGGAAGAUGAGUCCCAGUCAGUGGCCGACAUUCAGAAUGUGGGCGACUAUGAAGCUAUAUUCCAGCCCAGCAGAAAACUUACUCGCACCCCUCCUCCUGACCCAUUCCCCGCUCCGCUAGAAGACGAUCCGUCACUGCCCCAGGUGCUACAGCCGUCCUCGUCCGAUCCAGAAGGGCCGGUCAGUACGCGCAGCCUCGGUAGCUUGGAGCUGAAGGAAACUUCACUUCAUCAGUUGCCACCUGGAGUGACAGUAAGAAAUCCACCGUCGCCACUCACUGAAUCGUUCGUUGUGAACGAACAGAUGUCAUCUCAGGCAUCUAGUUCUCCACGUUCAAAGCGUGACAUUGUGCGCAAACUGAGCUCUUGCAGGGACCCGCAGUCAUUUCCAGAGGUGGACUUUCCUGUCAAACUGAGCAACAUACGUCAUAGUCCGUCAGAGCCGGCUCUAAACCGAGCAAACUUUUCACACACGAGGUCUCUUUCGCUGAGUCGGAAUUUAGCGUCGCUGAGUGUAGAAACGGCUCGGUCCGAGUGCCACGUUCCUCCUCAGACCGCGGCCCCCACAUCGUAUGACAGACCGACGGCUGGGAAAACAUCAGCGCCUAAACCGCCAACACCAUCGUCAAUCCCGGUGGAGAUAAGUAUUUCGCCGGUCACGAGGGAGAACCGUAUGUCGAGUCUUGCUGGAGGCAAGGAGGAGGAGAAGAAGGAAGCGGAGGAUUUUAUACCGAUGGCAUCCGAUAAACCGUCCGGCCUGGAUCUGGAAGAGUUUCUACCGAAGAACUACUCGCGUACAUUAGGCUAUCAGCAGACGUUUCCUGACAUGUCUGAAGCGGAGGUGCUGUCAUCUAUGAUGAGAGGACAUGAGUCUAUGAUGGCGGUACUCGCCGGUCGACAGAGGAGCCUUCAAAUUGUAUAUUCUCUGUGGCACAAUAAGGACUUAAAGGCGGCCGUUGACUCGGCAGUGGCGAUGAAUGACCUGGCCGUAGUUGUGGACCUCCUAGGUGUAAUCAUGCUGCGGCCGUCUAUCUGGAAUCUCGACUUGUGCGUCGCGCUACUUCCGACGAUCUAUGACCUCAUCCAGAGUAAAUACGAGAUGUACAUGACUGUCGGAUGCAACACCUUGAGGUUGAUCCUGAGGAACUUUGCGCCAGUCAUCAAAACCAAUGUACGAGCUCCUGUCCGGUCGGUCGGCGUUGACAUCUCCCGAGAAGAAAGGUACAGUAAGUGCGUCAAAUGCUACAGCAGCCUGAUGUCUGUCCGGGCCUUUCUGCUCAAAAGGCAGACUCUUCAGGGUAAACUUGGCCACGCAUUCCGAGAGCUGCACGUCCUGAUGCAGAGCUUAGACUGAAUUCAGAGAAUAUUUCUCUCGUACUGAACUAAACUAACGUUCAUUCGGGUUGUAGUGAGACUUUCCUGCUCAUUUUGGUUAAGUGCAUUUUCUUUUUUACACGUCUCGCGUUUUUGCUCGGACUGCACACGACGACGUGGAGACGUCCGAGCGAUGGCUGCAUUUUAAUUUUUAUAAUUUUCAUUCCAGUGAUGUAGAUGCUUGAAAAUUUACAUUUGUUUAAUUUAAUUUCUACUAAAAUUAAUUAUUUAUUGUUUUUUUUUGUACAUAAUAACCGAUGGUGAAUUUAAUUUAAUAGACUGCAGAGUUUUUAAACUUGUUCGUGACAGUGAA